AUGCCCCUCUACCUCCAUCCAGAGGAGGCCAGCAGCUGGCUCCUUGGCACCGCCAGCCUCCAGUCCCCAGAAGCCCUCCUGCCUGCCUGGCAGAGCUUCCACCGGAAGCACCCUGUUUGCCAGUUCUCAGCAAUGCCCCCCCCGCCCCCAACUGGGGACAGGAGGGAAACCAGGCGUGUUGGGAGUGUCCUGCCAGAUGAUUACAUCAAGAGCUGGGAGGACAGUCAGCAAGGAGAUGAAGCCCUGGACACCACCAAGGACCCCUGCCAGAAGGUGAAGUGCAGCCGCCACAAGGUGUGCAUCGCCCAGGGUUUCCAGCGGGCCAUGUGCAUCAGCCGCAAGAAGCUGGAGCACAGGAUCAAGCAGCCUGCCCUGAAACUCCACGCAAACAAAGAUACCGCCUGCAAGCCCUGCCACAUGGCCCAGCUGGCCUCCGUCUGCGGCUCUGACGGCCACACUUACAGCUCCGUGUGUAAGCUGGAGCAGCAGGCCUGCCUGAGCAGCAAGCAGCUGGCUGUGCGAUGUGAGGGCCCCUGCCCCUGCCCCACGGAGCAGGCCACCGGCUCCACCACGGAUGGCAAAGCAGAGACCUGCACGGGUCAGGACCUGGCCGACCUGGGGGAUCGACUGCGGGACUGGUUCCAGCUCCUGCAUGAGAACUCCAAGCAGAACGGCUCAGCCAGCAGCGGAGGCGGCCCGGCCAGUGGCCUGGACAAGGUCCUGGGCGCCAGCUGCAAGGACUCCAUCGGCUGGAUGUUCUCCAAGCUGGACACCAGCGCCGACCUCUUCCUGGACCAGACGGAGCUGGCCGCCAUCAACCUGGACAAGUACGAGGUCUGCAUCCGCCCUUUCUUCAACUCCUGCGACACCUACAAGGACGGCCGCGUCUCCACCGCCGAGUGGUGCCUCUGCUUCUGGAGGGAAAAGCCCCCCUGCCUGGCGGAGCUGGAGCGCAUCCAGAUCCAGGAGGCCGCCAAGAAGAAGCCAGAUGACAUCGUGGGCUUCUCAGGGGACUUUGGGAGCGGUGUCGGCUGGGAGGACGAGGAGGAGAAGGAGGCGGAGGAAGCGGGUGAGGAGGCCGAGGCUGAGGAGGAGGAGGGCGAGGCGGGCGAGGCCGACGACGGAGGCUACAUCUGGUAGACGGCCGGCGGGCCGCGGCGGGGGACAGGCAGAGACGGGACAGCAGCAGGCGGCCCACGAGCGGACCCGGGAAGUACAGUUGGGAGGACCCUGGCUCCAGCUGGAGGACUGCAAGUGUGAGUGUGCGUGGCACGCGUGUGGCCCAGACGUAAGAAUGCCUGUGCGUGUGUGUGCAUGUGUGUGUGUGUGUGUAGCAUGUGCUGACAAACGUGUCCUUGGUCAAACUGCUCCUGGGGACCAAACACCCCUUUGGCCUCCUGGUAGUUAUUUUCAUUCCAUUUGUUGUUGGUUUUAAAAUGUACCCGUUCACACACAUACCCACUGAAAGGUCAACAUUGAUGAAAUGAGAUGCCCCCCUAGCCAUGUCCCCUGGCCGCAUCCGGGUCUGCCUGGCACCCUGGUCCUGAUUGGCUCCCCUCGGCCAGCCCUGACUCCUCCUGCUCCUGCCUGCCCUUCUUCCUCCCCUUGGGGUCAAGCUCUAGCUGCUGGCACAUCCCUAUCAGAGGGGAGGGUGGGCAAGGAGCUGUCUGCUGGCUGGGGGUCUUCCCAGAGCUCGGCCAGUUUGGCCGUGACAGUCCCACUGGCCUCAGGUGAGAUGGGCAGGGACCCCCAGCACAGCAGGCCCCCCCUGUGCGGGGCUGGGCGGGGCGUGGAGCGGAGCGGGUGGCCGGCAGGGACCCCCAGCACAGCAGGCCCCCCCCUGUGCGGGGCUGGGUGGGGCGUGGAGCGGAGCGGGUGGCCGGCAGGGAGAGCAGCCGCUGCAAAUCCAGGCAGAGCUCUUAGGGGCACAGACACCCCAGCCUCUUUCUGUGGCUCCGGGGUGAGGGCCAUUCCCUUAGAGCCGUGGGUGGUGACAAAGUGAGCUCUGCCUGGCCACGUGGGGAGCACCUGCUCCCGUCCCCCUGGCUGGGGCCCCCUAGUCCACUCUGGGAGCCUGGGGAUCGGGCAGCAGUGAGGAGCCUGGGGUGUCUGCUGCACCCAGCUCCUCCCUGACCCCUCAGUAAUGCUCCCCUCCCCACAGACCAGUAGGAAGGUUGACCCCGAGCCCCUGCGAGGGGAGCAGUGAAACGGCAACCCUCCUGCCUGAGACCAGGACCUUUUCCCAUCUCCCUCAAGUGCCAGCGCUCCUAUGCCUGGGCCAUUUCCUGCCCCUCCCCUCGCAGCCCCUGCGGCUUCCUGUGUCCCCUCUGAUGCCCCCAAGGCUGCUCUGGGGAGGGGCUUCUCCAUGCUCUGAAUCCAGGGGGGAGGGACGGACCAGCCAGGCACUGAGGCCACGCCUCUCGGUCCCCCAAAUCUCUCUACCAGGAGGGAGCCAGGGCGGAGGAGACGGUGCUGUGCUCCCCGUCAACCUGCCCAGUUCUCCCUGCUGAAGCGAACCCCUAACACCAUUGGCGAAGCAUUUCUUACCCAGACUGGGGCCUCUGAUGCUGUUCGGUGUGUGGUGAGGGCAGUGUGAGCGUGUAUGUGUGUGUGUGUGCAUGUGUGCGCGUGUGUAUAUGUAUGUGUGUGAGUGUGUCUAUGUGCUAUGUAUGCAUGUGUGCGUGUGUGGUGUGCGCGCGUGCACGUGUGUAUGUAUGUGUGCACACGUGCAGGCACUUUGUGUGAGACGAGGGGCCACCCCUUGGGGCCCGGGCUGUGAGGAGGGGCACCUUGGGUGCUGGGUGGGUGGCAGGCCGGGGGGUUGCUCUGCGGCUCCUGCAUCCGCUGCGCCCGCUGGACUUGCUGGAAGAACCUCAGCCCGCCUGCCCCUUGCUCCACCCUGGACCCCGCACCUUCCAGUCUUCUCUUGGGGAAAUAGUGAGACUCCAGUGAGCCCCACCCACCGCCUCUCACGCUGCAGCACAGUCCUGUCAGGGUGUCGUGUCGUGUGGUCCCACACCCCCACGUCCCGCCUCCCACCGCCCCGCCCUGCCCGCCACCUCCUCCCCUGGUCCCAGCUCAGCUCAGUGCAGGGAAAUGUCUUUCCCCGCAGCCCUCUGCUCUCUGAGCAGCCGCUUCUCACUCGGAGCUACUUGAACUUGUGCUCGCGCUAGGAUCGAGGUCUGUCUGUCUCUUCCCUCUGAAGUGUCCCCCAGGUGGCUGUGGAGGAUCUGGGGUGUUCUGGGGUGGGAGGCAGGGAGGAAGGGGUGCCCUUCCCCUCUGUGACCCUCCUCUCUCUCUGGUGGGGGCCUAUGCUCUCUGUGUCUCUGGGUCUUCCGGUUGUGCACGUUUUUAUGACCUUGUAAAUAUGUUGUAGAAAGAAAGCAAAAGGCCUUGCCCUGUCUCUGCAGCCCCCACACUGCUCUUCACCCCACGCUCUGAGACCCAGCCCCCCAAAGUUGACAAAGCAGCUUGUUCCCAGGGGCUGCAGGCCUCAGGUGACGUCUCAUCGGGCAAGCUGCGGUGUCCUGUGAGCAGGCUGCAGGGGCCUCCUCAGCUCCUUGGAUUCAUGCCCAGGCCCACGCGGCCACCUCCUGGGCCCUCCUGCGCCCCCUCCGUCCUCCCCGCUCCCCGGGCUGACGCAGGCAGUGGAAUCAGGACUGUGUUGAAAAGAUCUCAACCAAAAUUUAAAAAGAAGAGUUUCUUGGGCCCUGGAGCUGCCCAAGACCUUCCAUGCCAUGGGUGCUGGGGGGAGGGGCAAGGCUGAGAGGGUAGGUUGGGGUUGGAGAGAACAAAUGUGCCUUGAGGGGCCACUCAGGGCCCACGGGUGACGGGGAGGCGGCGUGGCGUGGAGCUCAGGAGGGAGAGGGAGGAAGGGGGGUGAGGUCGAUGAGAGUGUGAUGGGUAUCAUGAGCUAUUGUCCCCUGGGGCUGUGGCCAUAUGGGGUCAGUGGUCACCCCCUUUCCUCAUGCCAGCCUGUCCAGUUUAGAGGGCAGGCCACCCACUCGGCCUUUCACGAGCUCCAUCUGCUUCCAGUUCAUCCUCUGAGUGGGUGGGUCCAUGGGAUCAACAUUCACCAAAGCCUCCCCCUCAGCCCUUGGGGAGAGUGAAUGGCCAAUCCGCCAACACCUGACAUCAUCGUGAGGCUGGGGGCCGGCAGGGGUCACAGGGAAGAUCCACUAGGGGUGCGAAAGGAGACUCAGACACCCCGAGGAAGUCCCAAGCGGAGCAAACUGCUUUAUAGCCUGAAGCUACUUCAACUGUGUCAUGUGCAAUAACUGAGCUUAGAGUUAAGAAUUGUGUUCAAGUGCUUGGAUUUCCGUCUGUAUAUUUAAGUGCUGAAAUCGUAUCUCUCAGUAAUUUUAGAUGUCUUUAAAAAAAUCGAAAAACAAAGUGUUAGACCGUGUGUGUGCAUUAAUGGGCACUCAGCGACCCAUGGGUCACCCCACCCCUCCUUCCCCUGUGGCCCCACCUCGCACACCGAGCCCCGCCUCCCGUGGGGACCCCGCCUCGUGUUGUCUUAUCUGCCUAUUACUCAGCCUAAGGAAACCAGUACACCCCACAUGCAUAAAGGAAAUCAAAUGUUAUUUUUAAGAAAAUGGAAAAUAAAAACUUUAUAAACACCGCC